AUGGCAGUAAGAGGAUUCUUUGUAAUCUUGAUAGGGUUGUGUUUCAACCAAUCAUGGAUUCAAAAAUUCCCUGAUUGGGGUUAUAAAGUUGGAUUGAGGGUUUCUUCAGAUCAUGCACCCCUCAUGGGUGGAAGUAUUAAUAUGCCAAAACCAGUAAAUACUCCAUAUAAGUUCCAAAAAAUGUGGUUGUCUCGUCCAGAGUUCCUGAAUGAAGUGGAGAAAUGCUGGUCUAAAUACAUUAAUGGUGAUCCUGCUUUUAUUUUUCAAAGAAGCAAUGGUCAUUCUGAUAACAAUCAUUUUGAUUCUGAUGCUCUGGAUAAAUUAGUUAAAGCUCAAAAUGAAUAUAACUCAAGAGAAGUGCAACUUAACACACUGUUGAAUCAAGAGUCUAGAAUUAGAUGGGUUAAAGAAGGAGAAGCCAAUACUAACUUCUUCCAUACCAAUCUCAAGAUAAGGAAAGCCAUGAACUGUAUAAGUGAACUUCCUGAUGAGUAUGAAGAUGUUAUCUCUGAUCAGAAGAAAAUAUCAGAUGUUUUGGUUCAAUACUUUGAGAAGAAAUUUGAACUUUAA